AUGAGAUUAAUAGUAGCAGCUGUUAUCCUCACAUUGGCCAGUUUAUCAGCUGGUCAACAAGAAGACCCUGAAGCCAGAUUGUUAAUUUCCAAAAAUGUUUUAAAUAAUUUCUUAGUAGAAGGAAAAGACCUCACCGUAGAAUAUAAAAUAUUUAAUGUUGGAGGAGGACCAGCAUUAGAUGUUCAUCUGAAAGAUUCUAGCUUCCCAGCUGCUGAUUUUGAUGUUGUUAGAGGAAAUUUAGAUGUUACAUGGGAAAGAAUUGGACCAGGUGCCAAUGUAACCCAUGCAGUCAUUUUACAACCUACCAAAUAUGGUUAUUUUAAUUUUACAUCAGCAGAAGUAUCUUAUCAUUCAAAAGAAGAUAAAAAAGAACAGAGGUUUGGUUAUACCAGUGCCCCAGGCGAAGGUGGUAUUGUUAAUAGAAAAGAAUUUGAUAGAAGAUUCUCUCCCCAUGUUUUGGAUUGGUUAGUGUUUGCUGUUAUGACUUUACCUUCAUUAGGUAUUCCUUGUUUAUUAUGGUACAGCAGUAGCAGAAGAUUCGCAGUUCCACCAAAAAAACAUAAUUAA